UCCACUUCUAAUAGGUACCAAACUUUCAACAUUCCACUUAAACAUCUUGAUGACAAUAAUGGCUUCUACAAUGCUUGCAACUUUCCCUGGCUCUACUGCCAGCUAUACUACCUCCCACCUGAACAAGGACUCGGCUCCGUUAUUGGUCGAAGAGGACAACUAUACGUUUGAGCAGCUUGUACAUGAUCUGAGAAGCUACCUGGGUAGCUCUCGUGGCAUUGAUGGUGAAAAUGUUGACCACAAGGUUCUGAUUGCUUUCAUGUCCAAGUACGCUUCCAACUCUAAAGACUGGUCACGGUUCGCACGCAACGACGUGAGCAAGAACUAUACUCGCAACUUGGUGGAGGAUAUCAAUGGCCGUGCCAACCUGUUGGUUCUGGUCUGGAACCCUCAAAAAGGCUCGCCCAUCCAUGAUCACGCCGAUGCGCACUGCAUCAUGAAGAUCCUUGGGGGAGAACUGAAUGAAGUGAUAUACGACACGCCAGACCCCGAACGGGGCCAUGAUGCCCCUUUGACGGUCAAGCAAGAGACAACGUACAAGACCGACGAAGUUGCGUAUAUCUGUGACCAGAUCGGACUGCAUAGGGUCAUGAACCCACAGAAAGGUCAAGUUGCUGUUUCUUUGCACUUGUAUACGCCGCCUAACGCUGCGGACUUUGGGUACAACAUCUAUGAUCGCGACACUGGACGGAGCAGCCAUGUUUAUCAGGCAUCUUAAUCGAGUAGAAGGGAAUUUGGACAAGGACAGACGAGUGCAGGACACUCGCUAUGAUUCAUGACUAGCGUUGAUUAACCUGUAUGCAUUUAGACUGGGAUUUGGCGGACCUGGAAUUUGAGAUCCCAGAGACUGUUACUGUUGGCAUAUUUGUAUCACAGCGAUCUGGAUCAGUCUGAGGCGAAUAAGCC